AAAUCGAGUUGAUUUUCCAUUGAGUUUCACUCAAAUAGCAUGCUCAAGAGCCGAGUGCUGGUGGUGUGGGGACAUUGAGUGGACCGAUUCCAUGGCGUUCCUCUCAUGUUCCAUCAGCCUCAACGGACCUGUUCCCAGUGCGUGCCGUUCAGUAUGUACUUGAGACCGGUUCGAAACGUUGCCAGCCGAAAAGUCAGCGGGCCGCGGACGACGAUUUCCCUCACGAAAAAACCAUCAAAACUAGCAACUCGCAACAUUGGCAACACAACAGCAACAUAGGCAAAACAGCAGCACAACAUUAGUUACAUUAUUCCAAGUUUUAAUCCAGGGAUAUAUCAAAUGUUAUAUGAUUUCAUAUAGUAUAUAGAAGCCACUCGCGUUUAGUGAUAGUUUGUGCGGUGAUCAAUGUGCGAUCGGCAAUUCGAGUAUCCCCAAGAAUGCCGCGUUAAUUGAGCUGUACGUACAGCUGUAGUACAAAUUUGCAUAACCAGUGAGGAGGCAUAAACAAAUCUGGCCGUAGAGCGUCUUGGUUCACUGAUUUAAUGCCACAAACAGAUUGCAGAUUGUAGCCCGCAGCCGCGCCCCUCCAACUAGCAACUUCUUCAGCUGCAACUUGUGCAGCAAGCACCACCACCUUCACCUCCACCUCGAACUCCUUGCUGUGCAUCUCAGGUCUUGGUUUUGGUCUUGGUCAACCUGCUUGGAAGCUUGUUUCUGCGGAAGAGCUGCCGCCGGAGCGCCAGACCCGGCAAAAAAUAAAAAAAGGAAAAAGAAAAUAUAAAAAAAAAAAACGUUAAGGAAAGAAAAAACACAUAGAGAACAACACGGCUGCCGUUGUCGUCGUCUUUGGAAUUUUCUUUAAAAACAACGCGCUAAGAUUUACAACGCGGACCCAGGCAAAAAGUGUAAAAGGCAAGCAAAUGCAGCCGCGGCAUAAAAAAAAUUAGCGCAUAGUGAAGUGUGUCCCGGUGUGUGUGUGUUUGAGUGUGUGUAUCUCAGGCAAGUGUGUGCGAAUAACAACAACAACAACAACAACAAAAAAAGCUGCCCAACUAAGAGAAAAAGUUUGAAAAGUGUCAAGCGAGCGGCUCGGUGGCGGCCAAUAACCCAAACGACUGGCAUGCAAUUGCGGCCAGGCGACCCCGACGGGUUAAUUACCGUUAUCCUUGCUAAACAACAACAACAACAGCAACAACAACCACUAAACGGUACUCAAGUUGUGGAUUACGUCUACGCCGCGUUGUCGCCGUGUAAAAGGACAACAGCAACAUCUGCAACACAUCUGCAGCAACUGCAACAUUGGCCAUAAAAACCGCAUUGAACACACGGCAAAGUCAAGUGAACAUUCCAAUUGGCAACGUAACGGGCUAAUUGGCUCACAUACACACACAUUCCAAUUCCAACAAAUCAAAACGAGCCAAAAAGAAGGCGAAAAAUAACCAACAAGAAAACAGGCGGAACCCGGCGAAAAUCCCGAACCCUUCACCAUGCGCCAAACGGAGGACUAACAGACAACGGCGAUAACUGGCAAUAAGCGAGGAGAGUCAAAAGAUUGCAACCAUUUUCCACCCGGAAAACUCCCCAAUCCCUAUCCGGAAAACUCAAGGAAAAUGCCAUCCGUAGCGAACAACAACUAUAGCAACGAUGCGCGUCUCAGUUACGUUGUAAAUCAAGUUGCAUCCGUAUCUGUAUCGGUAUCCGCAUCAGCAUCCGUACCCGCCCUGCCCUCCGCAUCCGCAUUUCCAACCUUUAGUCCGCCGCGGAUUGCAAGUCUGGUGGCCAGCAGCUCAGCGGAGGACUUAAGCAGCUUUGGUGACGUGACAUUCGACAUCUUCGAUGACGAUGACGACUUGUUUGGCUCGCCAAUGGCCUUCGAUGCUAGCGAACAGGGCCUGUGGAACGGACGCUUCGUACCGCCCCCGCCCCGGCCGCCAUUCUUCGUCGACGAACCUGUGCUGAGCGACGGACUGACCACGUGUGAUUUAUGCUCCUGGGCGAUGCCCACCAAGAGCACAUUCAUGUUCGAGGGCACGAUAGAAAAGGCCACAGAACUGGGCUGGCCACUGACGUUGAUCAUCGUGUCCGUGUUGUCGGCGCUGCUAGGCGCCAUCAUCAUGAUUGCCGUGGUGCGCUGCCGGCGCAAAAAGUCCUCCAACAAUCGCAACGACACGCACGUGCAAUGGUGGUCUCGCAACAAGCGCGCCCACGGCAAUGGCUUGAGUGGUGCGGGCGGCGCAAGUGGGGCAGCGGGCGGUGCCGCGGGCAAUGGGAACCACCACAACGGCAGCAGCAGCAACAUAAACAACAACCACCUGAGGCGUAGCAACAUCUAUACGGCCCACCCGGCGGACAGUAUAAGAGGUCUACAACCAUUGCCAGUGGUGCUGCCGUUGUCGCUGCCAUUGCCCCACCCACCAUCUGGUGGCGCAUCGCCUUCGUCAUCGGCCUCACCGUCUGCUCCACAACAGCAGCAACAGUUGCAACAUCACCAGCAGCAGCAGUCGAACCACUACUUCCAUCCAUACCAGCAACAGCAUCUUCACCACUCGCAUACGCACCACCACCACACGCACCACCAUGUACCGCUGUAUCCACACGAUUGCGAUGAGGAUGCCGCCUACGAGGAGCCGGAAUACCAUCAACCUCAGCAGCUACAUUCGGUCAAUAGCAGUAGCUCCCUGUCCUCGAUGGGGUCAUCGUCGCUGCCACAGGAAGCGAGCAAUUCCGGAGCCACCAACUGGCCACCAGGAGCCACAUCAGCUACGAUGGUCAUAGCCAGCUGAGAAACGGGUCAGAACUGCGCCUGGAUUUGGCAGCAGUAAGAAAGGUAGGGUUCUCGGGCCCACUUAAGAUGCAGCGCACAUGGACAUGGUGCAGAUCAUAAAGGGGAUUACACGUAACAAUUUUGUGAAGUUUAUUUUUGCAAGUUCAUCCAGAGACUCUCCCUAUAUAUGUAUAUGUGUGUGUGUGUGUGUCUGUAUGCCUGUGUCUGUGUCACCAAUUGGGAAAACCGAAACGAAUUUAGUGUCACUUCCGUUUCCGUUUCGCAAACUAUCGAGUCAGACAGGCGAGAGGGCUGCGGUAUGCGGUAUGUAUGGCCACAGGACAUGCUCUUUACAUGCCAUGCACGUUUCAUCCUUUAUUGCCGCUCGGCAUUAGAACAGGGAUUUUGUCGGAUUAAAGCAAAUAAAGGGCGUGCUUUCUGUUUGCACCCAACUGGCAACUGCCGAUGAUGAUGAUGCCACAAGUUUAAAUCGGAGAAUACCCAUCAAUGUUUCGGGUAAACCAAACUGAGUCCUUGUAGGAGAUAUAAGCCAUUACAAAACGGUAUAUUGAAGUCGAUAUUGAAGAGAAACUUUACAUUUACCACUUGUUUUUUGUUUAAAUAGACAUUUUCGGCUUAAGCCUUGUGGCUAAAUGUAUCCGAGCCAAAUUCCUAGGGACCUGUCCCGGGCAGACAUUGAGCCAGAACUUUGUGGCUUUUCACUUCAUUGUUUUCUUUUUGCCAUGACAAGGGCAAAUGGGUUCUGGAUGGCCCUGGCUAAAACAAGCAGAGAAAAGAAAAAAAAAAUAGCAAACGUUAAAGCAAAAAUUGAAGAGAAAGUCUGGCCAAUAUACAAAAUAAACUUGCAAUAUCAUCCGCUAAAUCAUUAAUCAAAUUAUGAGCUCAAGCAACUAAUAGCAUUUGCAUUUUUAAAUAGGCACUCGUAAUAACAAACCCAUGACAAGCAUAUCAAACAUAAGCUCAACAAGCCAACAGCCAACAAAAGUACUUAAAACAAUCAAACAUUGCAGCAACUUAAAUGUAAAUGCAAAACAAAAAAAAAUGAAAAACGUAAACAAAAAACUCGCGCCAUUGUAUAUUAAUUGUAAAUAUUUUUUUGCAAUUCGCUCCAAUUAGCAAUUGCCAGCAGGAGCGUGCAACGGAAAGUUUCUUCUACAAACUAAAUAUUGCAUUUUUUUAAUUCGAUAAAGAAAACAUUACAUUCCUCUGCAAAGUUCAAGUUUUCAUUUAUUAACAAUUUAACGACAACAACAACCAAAGACUAGUCAUUUAAGUCACAACGUCGCUAUGUACAAACAAGUUAAACGAGAGAGAGAUAAACUAUGUUUAAGCCAAGUUAAUUAAUUCGAUUUACGAAUGCAUUCGCUUCGCAUUUAUUAGUUUUACGAGAUGAAAGAACAACUGCAAUAUUGUAUUUUAAAUAUUUAUUCAUUAAACGCACUUUUGCCCAACUACCCCUCUGCCCCUUCUUUCUAUCCCUCACAAUAACAAUAAUCGUAAUUAGCAUUUAUAAUUAAAAACUCAAACAUCAAGUUAAUAAUAAAUAAUGAAUAUGGAAAUGAAAAUGAAAAUGAAAGACGAGCGGAAAAUGCGCAAAAAAAUUACUACGAGCAACUCAAAAUGUUCCAAUGUUUAGAUUAGCCAACUAAUUAUGUGGAAAUGUAAACAAAAGCAAAUACUUCAUAGUUUUCAUAACAAAUUCAUUAAAUUGUGCAGAAAUAAUUUAGGCACACAAAAUACGAAAAGAAAAUAAAAACAAAAAACAAUUCAACAAAA